UACACAUGUAUCUUGCGCAGAAAAAGUGCCCAGAUUGAUAACGAAGCAAGGCGAAAGUGAAGGCACUCAACGUCCAGGAAGAGGAGAAAAGAUUGGACAACAUAAUGAGCGCUUAUUUGGACUGAUGAACUGCGACCGAACUGCACACGCUGCCCAACAACGUUUUUCAAUGAAGAGCGAACUGAAAUGGAUUAUCGGUUGCCGCUUUACACGCAUGUCACCUCUAUAUGUAAAGAUAUAUAUUCGCUUAAGAUGACCAGGAACUUGGCGCUGCACCCCCUCCUUUCGAUGUCGCUAGUUUCAUGGGAGGGCUCAUAAUGGAGCUCUGCAUCGCCCUCAUCUUGUAUGGAGUGACGACCGCGCAGGCCUACGUCUACAUGCUUAACUGCAAGAAAGAUCCUUGGUGGCUAAAAUCCAUGGUCGCCGCAGUCUGGAUCCUCGAGACCGUUCAUACGGCAUUCAUGCUUCGUCAAAUUUACUACUACACGAUCAUUGGUUUCGGCGAUUUUGUAGCCAUAUCUAAGAUCGACUGGAGUAUUGGUGUAAGUACAUCAUUCGUACUCGGGUACCUACCUUCACUAAACGCCCUAUCAGCUGGUUUUGUUUGCGGAGAAUUGCAUCGUAGCCAUUGUCCAAGGGUUCUACAUACGCAGGAUUUGGAUUCUGAGCGGCCACAUCGUUCUUCUUACAAUUGGACUGGCUACUCUGCUGGCUGCACGUAUUGGCUUCCAUACGACUUCGGCCGUAUACACGUAUGGCCCUUCCUUAUCUAUAGAAACGUUGUACUUAUCUUUCGAUCUAGACUUCUCUCCCCGACCUGGGUCUCUUUUCAGGAGAAGUUCGCGCCUAACCUUUGUGUCGAAGUUGCCAACGGUCUCUCCGCAUCUGUCGAUGGUAUCAUUGCGGCAUCCAUGAUCUUUUUCCUGCGUCGCAGUCAAACCGGUUUCAAGAGAACGGAUGGUGUUCUGCGUUGGUUGAUGGCAUACUCAGUCAAUACCGGAGCCAUCAUGAUGAUUGUCUCCAUUUCCAUUGCCAUCACGUAUUCCAAAGUGCAAGGUAGUCUGGUCUUCGCUGGCUUGGUCACCAUUGUCAGCAAGCUUUAUGCCAAUUCAUUCCUUGGAACUCUGAACGCUCGUGAUAUUGUUCGCAACAAGCAUCAAGCCAGUUCUACGACGUUCGACUCUACCGGAUUCGAGCUUCCAAAGUUCCGAAACACCACGUCUGGUGGUAUCCACAGCGCUGGACCACGUCGUAUUGCGUUCAAUCACUCUACUACGGGUUAUACGGGCUCUACAGGCGCUUCACGCACUAUUCUCGACGAUACCGAUACCAAAGCCAUCGGACUCACUACGAAGGCAAGCAAUGAUACUGGAGUAUAGUUGGACGUUACGAAUCUCUAGUUUUAACUAAUGGGAUUAUAUGAGAGAGUAUCUGUGCGGAUACCACGAGAUUCUGCUGUGCAAAAUCAUGCUUGGAUCUAGUGUACGCUCUUUUAAAGGAUGUAUUUCCUCGAGAGAUUAACCUAAUGCUUAUGAUUGUCUUGCCAUAUUGGACGCAAGCACCACAUAUGAACUAGUAGCCGUGAGUAGGAAAGGGGUAUUGUAUAUGAUGGAAGAAGCUGCCAGAAAUACAGUUGUAUGCCGGUGAGUAUUUAAAUGCAAACAAGAGGUCCAAGAAAGGAGAGAAUAAACUAUGCAAAUGCGAAUGUAUAGAUGACAAAAAUCACAGCAAUGUCGAGAAACAUUAGACAAAACGAAAAAGUAACUAGAAAUGUCAUGAUUGCGAAUCGUCCGUCACCGUUUCAGACGAUGCGUCCGCCCCGAUCGAUACGACUGAUAGUAAGUCCUCGCCACCCUCUGUCUCUUCUCCUGGUGGCUCGUCG